ACACGCUGAUUAUUAAAUGAGGUCCAGCUGCUGCUCAGGUGAAGAACUCGCAGAAGACCUUGGCUCUCCCACCUCCAACCUACUGCAUCCUGAGGGUCCUUGCUUGUUUCCAGCUCCGGGACCUGAAGCCUGAGCUGGACGUCAGUAGAGAUGCAUCGCUACCCCGUGCUGCUGUGUCUGUGUUUGGAGGUUUGGGUAAAAUAUGCUGCUGCCAGUGACUGGUGCUACACCGGCUGUGCUCACACGCCGAGCACGUGGCCAGAGCUCCCCGGUUCUUCCUGCGGAGGAACCGCGCAGUCUCCCAUCGACAUCGUCACCGGCGACGUUCACACGGACCCAGGCCUGCUGGACUUCACGUUCGUGGGUUUCCUGCGCCAGCGCGUGGCCUCGGUCACCAACAACGGGCACACGGUAAACUACGGACUGGAGCAGAGCGGUGUCACAAUAGGAGGAGGGGGUCUGAAUGGAAGCUACACUCCCAUUCAGCUCCACUUCCACUGGGGUGACACCCAGUACCACCCGGGUUCAGAGCACACGAUCGAUGGAGAGAGAUACCCGGUGGAGAUGCACGUCGUUAGCCUGAAGACGGGCCUCACGAUGGCGCAGGCUCUGGCCGAUCCACAGGGAAUAGCCGUUCUUGGCUUCUUCAUAAACGCGACAGAUGAUGCAGCAGCAUCAGGACCGUGGCGCGCGCUCACAUCGUACCUCACCAACGUCACAGAUGCUGCGACUCCUGUAAAUAAAAACAUUUCCAUCAAUGACCUGAUCGGAACCGUGGACCUCAGCAGGUUCUACCGGUACGCGGGCUCCCUGACCACCCCCAACUGCACGCAGGCGGUUGUGUGGACCGUCUUUCACGAGCCAAUCAACAUCAACGUCAAUCUGGUCCGACAGUUUCCCGCGAAGACAGGACUCACUAAUGUUUAUCGGCCCACUCAAGCUCUGAACAGCCGCCGCGUGUCCGCCUCCCCCGCCACCCCACUUCCUCCCAGCGGUCACGAAUGGUGCUACGGCGCUUGUGCGAACGACGUGUCCCACUGGGACCUCCUGCCGGGCUCCUCGUGCGGCGCCACGCGCCAAUCGCCCGUCGAUAUCGACGCGCGCGCCGCGAGGACGGACGGGCGCCUGGACGCCUUCACCCUCACCAACUUCAGCAGCAGAAGCGCCUUCGCGUCCAUCACUAACACAGGCCACACAGUGACGUGUGGACUAAGGGACAGCGUGGUGGAGGUCUCUGGAGGAGGCCUGGGCCACGUCUACGCCGCCCUCCAGCUGCACUUCCACUGGGGCACGGCACACGCCUCGGGCUCGGAGCACACGGUGGACUCUAAGCGCUACCUGAUGGAGAUGCACGUAGUGAGCAAGAGGAAGGACCUGAGUUUGGCUGAAGCCAACCACAACCCCAGUGGCUUCGCGGUGCUGGCGUUCUUUAUUGAGGCGAGUUCUACAUCAAUUCCAGCAUCUGUGACUCACGCCUGGUCGACGCUGACCAGCUACCUGCCUACUAUUCAAAACAAAAGCUCCAGUGUUGAGCUCUCAGCAGCUCUCUCCAUCGACGACUUGCUCGGCGACGUGGACAGGGACUCGUACUACCGCUACAAUGGCUCCCUAACCACCCCCUUAUGCAACCAAGCCGUGGUUUGGACGGUCUUUAAAGAGUCCAUCAAGGUGGAUCGCAAGCUGUUGACGACGUUCCCCGACCAAAUGGGAUAUUACAGCGUGUUUCGCCCGGCGCAGCCUCUGAACGGCAGGACGAUCUACACCACCGGGUCGGCCUCCGCGUCCCCCGGGCCCGUGGCCGCGUACGUUCUGCUGGCGUGCCUGCGGCUUUUCGUGUAACUCCCGCGUGAACCUCCACCGUGGCCCCGUCUCACGUCCUGAGCAGAUCACUGGAGCGGUGGCGUUGGCGUGUAGUGGAGCUACUGUCCUCAGCCUUAGCACUUACUGGUCUAACCCUCGUUAGUGGGGAUGGACACUGGUGAAUUUACACCAUCAUUAAACACUAUCUGACCUGUUUAGUAGGUCCUUUAGAAAUAUAUGCUGUAGUCACUAAAAUGGGUGUGUGUUUGGUGAAAUGAUUUGGUGUUAGGAUGUGAUUUUAAAAUAUUAGUUGACUGAAUAUUUAUGCAGGACCUUUUUAAAUUAUUGAGUGCUUAGAGGGGAUUCAUUGGUUUUCCCUUCACAGAGCAUCAGUACGUACAGUAGUUGUGGAGGACGCCAUUGCAUCCAAAACAGGCUGAGAGGAUGAAGUCACGCUGUGAUUUCCCCAUUACCUUAGUUUUAUUGUUGUCUACAACAUGAAGACACGUAUUGUAACCUGUUGGAUUUGCUAAGAUUGCACAAUAAAUAUAUUGUAUAUUUGAAA